AUGGCACAGCUUGCACUGGACGAUCCCGCUGCUUUGAAGAAGCUAUUGGAUGAUUGUGCAGUUCCAGCACCCAUUGUUGCCAACUUGAAUCUUUUAGGCUACCGUUCUGUAGCUUUGCUUGGUUUUGCAGUCCCCAGUGAUGGACACGUGGAUGAAAUGAUUGAAAAGCUCACUCCACAUGAUCUAGGGGAGCAGAUUGACCUCUUAUCGCCAGGUGCGGCUAGUUUGAGACGAGCUAUCCGCCAAUGCUUCGAAGCGUGCCAGGCGAAAGGUGGCAUCCCAUGUGAACCAAACUUUGCAACAGCAGCCAAACCAAAGCUGUCUCUGACGGAGUAUAAGGAACUGAAGCUUAAGUUUGUUGAACACUUUCCAGGUGAAUUGUUGACACCGGAAUCCACUCCCAGCUUCAUGUUUCUUGCCAGUUUGAAAGAGCAAGUGGAUGCCGGCACUUGGACAUGGACACCAUGGCGUCAUCGUAUCUCUGAACAUGCUGAGAUGCUUUUUCAGGAAAAUCGGAAGCCUCGAUCAGAUCACCAGUUACUUCAACGCAUGCUUAACCAGCAGGAACUGAUGGACUUCCCAGAAGCCAGCGACAUGCAGACAGCCUUGCAGCCCAGACCUCGUUCUCUACAUGCUCCAACGACUCCGAAGAAGGUGGAACCCAAGGCCACUCCGAAAAAGCCGGGUACUCCACCACCAGUUCGCAAGGAUGAUCGACUGAAAGACUGGAAUGAGAGUUGGGUCAGAAAGCACAAUGGCAAGGGCAUUUGUAUGCGUUGGAAUGUCUCCAAGUGCGGCAGUGGGGAUACGUGCAGGUUUCGUCACAUUUGCCCCAUCCCGAAGGCUGAUGGAACGCCUUGUGCACAGAAGCAUCCUGCCAAGUCCCAUAAGGGGCCCUCUUCAACUGUGGACUUGGAGCCGCCCCCUGGUGAUUUUUCUUUGGGAGCUUGGCCAGGUGCAUCAGCCUCCGACCUUCAAGUCCAAGAAUCAGCCACAGUGCAUGAUCGGGCACGGCACAUCUUGACCUUGGUGGCAGCGAAGGGUGGCAUUGUCGUCAUUGAAAAUCCUCUGACCAGCAUGACAUGGCUGGACGGGCUUAUGAGUGCUUGGGUCAGGGCUACAUCCCCCUACCUUGCCGCGGCAGCAGCUUGCAGGUUCGGGGAGGACUGGCAGAAGUCCUGGCUGUUUUGCUCCAACAAAGUGGACAUCCUUGCCAUUGGUUUGGGCUGUGAUCACAACCCCAAGUCACAUUUGAAUUUUGCAGGCCUUCGACUUCCGGAUGGUUCAUUCUACAGUCGGCUUACAGCUUGCUAUCCCAAAAAGUUGGCAGAAGCUCUGGCGAAGGUCUUUUUGCCCUAUUUGUCCAGACAUUCGAAGGUGGCUACAUUGCGAGCAUGGCCCUCCUGUUUGCCCUCAACCUUUACUGCUCAACCAUUGACCCAACGGGUUGAGGACGGGGGUGGUCUUAUCAGUACGGCAGUGUGGCAUUCCCCACAGGCCCCAGAUGUGUUGGGAGGCUUGUGCAAGCGUUGGACCUCUCGCAUCCUCCGCAUGGGCCUACAUUCACAUAUCUUGUCGCAUUUUGCAACGGGGUCCAAAGAUCCCCCAUUAUCUGACCAGCAGCUGCAGGGUUUUUUGAUGGAUGUGCGCGAGUUUGUGGAUGUUCCUGAUCGGAUUUGGGAUCAAGCUCUGCAUUCCGUGAAAGUCGUUCGUGUGGCCAAUUUCACAUUGCGUGAUCGUGAACACGCCAAAUCAUUGCACUUCAAGUCUCGCAGGAUAUGGCUGGGCAUUCAAAUACCUGGCUCCAGCAAACGCAAACUGCUACCUGACACGCAUGAGGCCCUGCAAGCUUGGAAAGAUGUCCUCAUUGGUACUCCUUUCCUUCAUGACAUGGUACCACCUCACCAUAUACCUCUUCAAGCCUCGGCUGAUGCGUGCGCAACUGCGAAUGAAGCUGGUUUGGGCGGCGUUAUUCGUAUGAAUGGUUCGGUUAUGGCCUGGUUUGCAUUCACAAUUUCACAUUCCGAAGCAAAGUCAAUUUUUCCAUGGGUUUCUGACUCGAUGCAGAAACACAUUAACGUUUGGGAACUUCUGGGUCAAUUUUCAUUAGCGUAUUGCUUGGAUUGCUCGUUGAAGGGUCGCCAUACCCCCGUUGCAGUCACAUUUGCUUGUGACAACACAUCGGCUGAAGCAGCGCAUUUGAAAGCUUUGUCAACCUCUGCAGGCAUGUGUCACAUAUUGGCGGCUUUUUUCCGUUUCCAACGCAUCCACAACAUUGAUGUGACCAUCCAGCAUAUCCCAGGUAUAUGGAACGACGAUGCUGAUGCGUUGAGUCGUGGUAGGCACCUUCCUUCUUGCCCUCCUGAACUACGCAUUGAUGUUCCCUGGAAAUGGCUCUGCUCCGCCAUACCGAAAUUUUCACCUAGUCAAGCUCGAAUUCCAUCCACUUUGCUGUCCCGCUGA